AUCAGUGAUCUAACCCGACCGAAAUAGCCCUUCUCUCCCUCUAAGCCCCUUCUUCCAAAACCCCAAAACCCUAACCCUAUAAAUUCCGCUUUCACCUUAAAACCUACUGCUCUGAUCGCCACCUCUAAAAUCCCACAAAAACCCUAAUAAACCAUAGCAGCUAAAGACACUGAGCCAUGUCCGAAGUUGAGCUUUCCCGUUCAGAAAAGAAAAAGCACAAGAAAAAGAACAACACCCAAGCUAUGGACGAACCAGAUACAAAGCCAAAGGGCUCGGAUGCUGCCGCUGGAGACUUCAUGAUCAAGCCCCAAAGCUUUACUCCGGCAAUUGACACUUCCCAAUGGCCAAUUCUCUUGAAGAACUACGACCGCCUCAAUGUUCGUACUGGUCACUACACGCCUCUCCCUUCUGGUUACUCUCCUCUCAAGCGUCCUCUUGCCGAGUACAUCCGCUAUGGUGUUAUGAAUCUUGAUAAGCCUGCGAACCCAUCUUCGCACGAAGUGGUUGCUUGGAUCAAACGGAUUUUGAGGGUCGAGAAAACAGGGCAUAGUGGCACAUUGGACCCUAAAGUUACAGGUAACUUGAUUGUUUGUAUUGAUAGAGCUACCCGCCUUGUUAAAUCUCAACAAGGUGCGGGAAAGGAGUAUGUUUGUGUAGCAAGAUUACAUGAUAAGGUGCCUGAUGUUGCCAAAGUAGCUAGAGCGCUUGAGACUCUUACUGGUGCGGUUUUUCAAAGACCGCCAUUGAUUUCUGCUGUGAAAAGGCAGCUUAGGAUUCGGACAAUUUAUGAGAGUAAGUUGUUGGAGUAUGACCCAGAUAGGCAUUUGGUUGUUUUUUGGAUUUCUUGUGAAGCUGGGACUUAUGUUAGGACUAUGUGCGUUCAUUUGGGAUUGAUUCUUGGUGUUGGUGGGCAUAUGCAGGAGUUGAGGAGAGUGAGGUCUGGGAUUUUGGGGGAGAGAGAUAAUAUGGUGACUAUGCAUGAUGUGAUGGAUGCUCAAUGGGUUUAUGACAAUUAUAGGGAUGAGAGCUAUUUGAGGAGAGUGAUUAUGCCUCUUGAAGUGCUUUUGACUAGUUAUAAGAGAUUGGUUGUGAAGGAUUCUGCUGUGAAUGCAAUUUGUUAUGGUGCCAAGCUGAUGAUUCCAGGAUUGUUGAGGUUUGAGAAUGAUAUUGGGGUUGGUGAGGAAGUUGUCCUGAUGACUACCAAGGGUGAGGCGAUUGCUCUGGGGAUUGCAGAGAUGACUACUGCAGUGAUGGCUACAUGUGAUCAUGGUGUCGUGGCAAAGAUUAAGAGGGUUGUGAUGGAUCGGGAUACUUACCCAAGGAAGUGGGGGUUGGGACCAAAGGCUUCGAUGAAGAAGAAAUUGAUUGCAGAGGGGAAGUUGGAUAAGCAUGGGAAGCCAAAUGGGAAUACCCCUCAAGAAUGGAUGAGGAAUUUGGUUUUGCCCACAGGAGGGGAUUCUACAGUUGCUAGCAUGGCUGCUGCAAGCGAGCCAGCAAAGGAGAUUGCUGCAGAGAAGAAAGAGACUGGAGAAUUGGAGGAGGAGAAGAAGAAGAAGAAGAAGAAAAGCAAGGAUGGUGAAGAUGGGGAGGGGCGCAAGCGCAAAUUGGAUGAAAGCACUGAUAGCCCUACUGUUCAAGUUCCGGCUAAGAAAGUUAAAGUCGAAGAAGUUGAAAAGGAAGAGACAGUUGUGGUGAAGAAAGUAAAGGAAGGGAGGGUUGAAGAAAGUGAAGAUGAUAAGAAAGAGAAAAAGAAGAAGAAAAAGAAGAGUAAAGAAGACAGUGAAGCAGAAACUUUAGAGGAAAGGGAGACUGAGAAGGUUAAGAAAAAGGAGCACAGUGAUAAAGGUGAAGCUGGAUCACUCGACCCAGAGCAGUCUGAGAAGAAAAAGAAGAAGAAGAAGAAAGACAAAGAGGCUGGGGAGGCUGCAACCGUUGAUGAUGGUAGAAGUAAUGGUGAGGCUGAUAGAAGUGAGAAGAAGGAGAAGAAGAAGAAGAAAAAGAAGGACAAAGAUGCUGAAGAAGUGUAAACCUUUAUUGAAGAGCUUUUUUAUUUAAUGGGUAUUCCUAAAUGAGUGCUUGUUCACGUUAUGGCACCUGCAAUGGUAAUUUGGUAGUUUCUGUAAUCUUUUUAAUGCAGUUUCAGGACAAUCAUUUUCCAUAACUUUGUUCUUCAAGAUAGAUUUUUUUUUUUGGCAACAUUUUUGUAUUAUUCUAUGUUAUAUGUCUAUUGAAUUGUUGUUUUCGUGAGCA